AUGUCCAUGAUGCUCCUCGCAGCGCCAUUUAUCGUGUUAUGUUCAUUUUUACCGUUGGCUCAUUCAGUAAUCGCUACAACGAAGUACGGAAAACUCGAAGGCUUUACAGCUUCUUAUCCGAGUCUUCCUAUUCACCUACGGUUCCACUCGGUUGACAAGUUUCUGGGUGUUCCAUUCGCCGCUCCGCCGACUGAGGGUAACAGACUGAGAAAACCACAACCUCUUGAAGGCUGGAAACCGAAAAUACGACAGGCUAAAAAACAUGGGAGUGCUUGUAUGCAGCCUCAAAGAUUCGCUUUUUACUUUGAUCGCUACGGGUACAAUAUAACCUAUAGCGAGGACUGCCUGUUUCUCGACGUCUACACUCCCAACGUUAGCCUAAGUUUACCCGUGAUUAUCUAUAUUCACGGUGGGGCUUAUACAGGGGGUCAUUCUGUUGCAUUUCCUAGCGAUAUUUUGGCACUACAUGGCGUUGUAGUUGUGGUGAUCCAAUAUCGUCUCGGUCCAUUUGGGUUUUUCACCACCGAAGGUUCCCCUGCUCCCGGAAAUCUCGGAUUACUGGAUCAGGUGGCAGCACUCAAAUGGGUCAAGGAAAACAUUGAAAACUUCGGUGGGGACCCUAACAAGAUAACUCUUUUAGGCGACAGCGCUGGUGGGUCAAGUGUUAACUUCCAUAUUAUGUCACCUCUGUCUAAGGACCUCUUCCACCAAGCCAUUGCAGAGAGCGGAGUAGAUCUGUGCCCCUGGGCGAUUCAGCCAAGUUCAUAUGGCAUUCGUUUCGCGAAAGAGUUGGCGCAAAAGUUGCAUUGUACAUCCAGUGAUCACCACGCCAUGGUGGAAUGCAUUCGCAAAGUAAAGGCCAUGGACAUACAGAAAGCGGCUGGCGAUAUCUUCAUUUCCCCUUCCCAUGAUUUCUAUCGCUGGUCAGCAGUUGUGGACGGGCAUUUCCUCACUGAUACACCCUGGAAUCUGCGGAAGAAAAGGAAAUUCAAGAAGGUGCCUUUAAUGAUAAGCUUUAACAGUCACGAGGGGGCAACUUCUAUCAGAAGUCUUGUAGGGACGGCUGGGGUGGAAAACGGAGUCAACCGAUCAUUGUUCAAAGACGCCUUAUCAGGGUUUGUUGAAGGUAGGAAUAAAAGGUGAGGAUGUUUUCUUUGUGAUGUGGCAGCCUAAUGCAUUAGAUGUACCAUUCUUUAAAUAAUGACAUUGUCCAUAUCCUACAUGUCAAUGUUCAGCCGCGCGUCUAGAUUGAUGAGUCACGUCACGUACAUGUAGUCCAUCACCGAAUUGACGUGCUGGCCUAGAGAAAGGCGUGAAGAAAUAAGCAAUGUUAACGCAUAACCUCUUUCCUGUGAAACUCAGAUAAUCAAUGAUUGGUUCACAUUUGCGGAAGGUAAUGACAUGAUAAGCAAUGCAUAUUAGUUUUGAUUUUACCACAGGCCGACCAUCGUUAGGUCACGCGAAACAUGCGAUCCCAUACAUUUACUGUAUUUCAUAACUCCCGCUCUCGCCUUGAUUCAAGUGAUCGGUAGAAAUGCUUAUCAAACACAGAACUUUGCACCUUUUGAUCCAAAAUGUUGAUUUAAUGAAAGAAAAAUGAAUAAAGAUAACUUAUCGUAUGUUUUUGGUGACAUAUUAAUUCUUGAAACUGACACCCCCGAAAACGUCACAAUAACGAAGAACACGCAACUAAAAACAUGCGGUAAGUUAUCUUUAUUUAUUUUUCUUACAUUAUAUCAACAGUUGGGAUCAAAAGGUGCAAAAGUCUGCGUUUUACUGAACAUUUCUCCUGAUCACUCAAAUCAAGCCGAGAGCAGUAAAUGUAUGCCAUCACAUCAGGGGCACCCAACGAGAAUAUAGUUCCAAACCACUAAAACCAGGAGCCCUAAAACAUAGCAUUGUUAAACGUAUUUUGGUAUUUAAACGGUAGAUAUAGGCAUAUUUUUAUCCCCUAAAAAUUUUUCAUCUAUUCGGAUUUCCUAGCUGAAAGUCUACUGAUCCGAAAAUUAUAGAGAUCGAAACUUACCUUUUCGAAAAUUUCAGCCAGAAAAAAGGCUCCCGAAAAUUCUAGAUGACCUUUUUAGGGUAAAAAUCUGUUAAAAAUAGGCAAUUAUACCAUAUUUUAGAUGUUCGAAAAUCCUAGGAGAAGCAGGCAAGUAAGAAAUUUUACAACAAAUGUUCCGAAAAUUCUAGAUCUCAAAUCGUCUUCCGAACAGAUAUUUUUCCGAAAAUUGUCGUUGGGUGCCCCUGAUCACAUGUCGCGCGUGACAUCACUAUGCCUCGAAUAGUUCGGAUGCUCGGCCUAGCCUGUGAUUUUACGACAUUGUAUUAAGCCUCUAUUUUAAACCAUAAUUAAAAGAAAUGCCGUUUGUGGUCAUUCUCCAGAAAAGUAGCAGACCUCAUCUCGGAUGCUUUGGAGUUCAUGUACACCCCUCGGCCAGACAAUAACGAUCAGUACGCACUGAGAAGCCAGCUUAUAGAUCUGCUUAGCGAUUACUUUUUCUUCGCACCUAGUCACGAGGUAGCCGAUAUUCACAGCGAAGUGGCUCCUGUGUACAUGUACGAGUUCGCACGACGGCCAUCAAACGCCAGUCUCUCUCCAGAGUGGAUGGGAGUGAUUCAUUUUGAUAACGCGCCAUUUGAUUUUGGUAUUCCACUUCUACCGCCUCUUUCUUCAAUGUAUGACACAGCUGAUAGAAACGUCAGUUUAUUUAUCAUGAAACUCUACACCAACUUUGCCAGGUUUGGUGAGCCCACGCCACAACCAGUUAGCGGCGUUACCUGGGAGGGGUACAACUCAAGUCGCCGAUCGUAUUUGCGAAUUGACGUUAAUCCGAGAUUGGAAACAGCAUUUAAUCCUCGCCGGAUGGCCUUUUGGAAUGAUUACUACCCUAAACUAGCAAAGUUUAAGAUUGAUAGCGAGGUGUUUACCGUCAACAGUGCUAACGCUGGUUUUGCUAUUGAAAUGGUUCAAACAGUUUUAUUUACAGCGGGUUUAGAGAUUUUAUUUUUUUUAACCUUUACCUCACAAUAUGACUGAUCCCCUUUGUUUGGAAACUCUGCACUUAGGAAUAGUUUUCACAAAAUAUGCUCAAGAACCAAACAACUAGUCCAUGAUUAAUCAGCCGAUAAGAUAACAAACUGUAAACAAACCUCCAUGCUUGUAGUGUGUGAUAAUACGAAUUAUAGCCUUAUCAAUCACUAAAAUGCACAUGGAUCUUCGGAUAUGAACUUGAAAAGUCGGCAAUGAGACCUCAAUGUUUGUUUCCCGUGAUAAUUUUACAGUAUACAGCCGCGAGUAUAAUAAUAAGAACCUGUAUUUUUCCAAGUUAUGUUAAUUAUGCUCUUAAACAGGUUCGAAGAAAAUAAGAUAUUGUUCUUGAGAGUGUUUAGUAGCAUUCAACUUAUUCCUCAUAAAAAACCGACAUACCAUUACAUUGCCGUUAGAUCAGAGUGUUAAGUAUGGCGCGUUUUUACGGCAAAAUAUGGAAGCAUCAUUGCAUUAACGUCAUGUGUACAUACAUCCCUUUCAUACUGAAUACAUCCAUGUUAUGUGCAUUAAAAGAUGUUCGAUGCAACGUUAUACAAAC